AUGGAGAAUUCAUCUAUAGUGACUAAAUUCAUCCUUCUUGGAAUGACAGACAACCCACAGCUUGCGGUUCUGCUAUUUGGAGUUUUCUUUGUUGUUUAUAUCAUCACUGUGUUGGGGAACCUAGGCCUGGUAGUCUUGAUAAUAAUCAGCUCCCGCCUCCAUACUCCCAUGUAUUUUUUUCUCUCUAAUCUGUCCUUCCUUGAUGUUUGUUUGUCAUCCACCACAACCCCAAAGACUUUAACAAAUUUAUUAACUCAGCUGCAUGAGGUUUCUUUCCUUGGAUGCGUGACUCAGAUGGGCAUUUUUAUAAUAUUUGCCUCUGCUGAAUGUAAUAUUUUGGCUUCCAUGGCCUAUGACCGCUAUACUGCCAUCUGUCACCCACUAUUCUACCACCUUACCAUGUCGAGAGGUCGUUGUCUCUUCUUGGUAGCAGGAUGCUACCUUGGCGGCUUAGUUAACACAGUUGCUGUAACAACUUCUGUCACACAACUAUCAUUUUGUCAACCACAUAUCCUCCCACACUUCUUUUGUGACAUCCCUCCACUGUUGGCUCUGUCUUGCUCAGAUCCCUGGGUUACUCAGAUGUUGGUUGUUAUCUGUGGAGGAUUCACGCUGGUCACCUCCAUUGUGGUGAUCCUUGUCUCCUACAUGUCUAUACUCAUGACUAUCCUGGGAAUUCCUUCAGCUUCUGGAAAACAGAAAGCCUUCUCCACUUGUGCUUCCCACUUCACUGCUGUUGGUCUCUACUAUGGAACAACUAUGUACACUUACUUGCAGCCCUCUCAAUAUGCAUCCUUGUCAGGAAAUCAGCUGGUCUCAAUAUUUUAUACAAUGGUGAUCCCCAUGUUAAAUCCUCUCAUCUACAGUUUGAGAAAUCAGGAAGUGAAAAUUGCCCUACAGAAAAUACUGAGGCACAGUCUCUAA